AUUACCGUUUUCCUAGCUUGGACUUAUUUUGUAUAUGCUAAUCAUGGUCUGUAUGAGGAACUCAAAUGUGAUAGUCAUGCCAUUGUUCAGGUAAGGCCAAUCAACAAGUCAGGCUGGUAGAAAAUGCAAGUACAGUCAAAACACAGGACGAGGAGGAAAAACAUACAGUGAGGACAUCUAGCACGUCUCAGUGACAACGGUGAUUUCUUUCUUGGAAACAUGGACGUGGUGACUUCAAAGAGGAUCAUCCUACUGGGAAAAACUGGAGCUGGAAAAAGCAGCCUGGCUAACACCAUAUUUGGAGAGGAAUUAUUCACCAUAAACAAUUCUCCCAAAUCUGGAACAAGUGAAUGUCAAGCAAAAACCAAAUCUGUCAAUGAAAGAAGCAUCACUUUGAUCGACGCUCCUGGUUUCUUUUAUGCAGAAAGGUCCAAGGAAUAUUCGAAGCCUGAGAUAGUGAGGUGUAUCACAGAGUGCGCUCCUGGGCCUCAUGCCUUUCUCAUUGUGCUUAAAGUAGAUAAAUUCACAGAUCAUGAGCAGGCUGUAAUCACUAAAAUAUGCCAAUAUUUCUCUGAAGAUGCUCUAAAAUAUGCUGUAGUUGUCUUCACUCAUGGUGACCAGCUCCCUGAAGGAAUGCAAAUUCAGGAGUUUGUCCAUCAGAAUAAGAAUCUGAGUGAUCUGGUGAAGAAAUGCGGAGGCCGGUGCCACGUCGUUGAUAAUAAAUACUGGAAGAACAACGAAGAGGACGCCUACAGAAAUAAUCAGUUCCAGGUGGCAGAGCUACUCAACACACUAGACAAGAUGACUGAGGCAAACCAAGGAAAGUGCUACACCAAUGAGAUGCUACAAGCAGUGCAAAGAGAAAUUCAGAGAGAGAAAGAGUGCAUUAGACAGUCAUCAGGGAACAUGUCACUGGAAGAGAUCAGAAAUAAUGCUAAAAUGAGUGUUUAUGACAUGUUAAUGAUCAGAUCAGCAGGUUUUGCAACAGGUGCAUUGUUAGGAGCUUUGCUCGGUGUGGCAGACAUGGUUAAACAUUUUCAAGACCUUUCACAGAUUUUAAUAGGAGAGGGACAAAAGGUUGCUUCUGCCGCUUUAAGUGGGGUAGUAUAUAGCGGUGCGAUAGGAUAUAAUGCAGCUGAAGGAGCAGAAACUCCGGUGCAAGCCAUGCAGAAGGCAACGAAUGCUGUCUGGAAUCAAUCUGGAUUUUCAGCAGAUCAAAACAACAAAUAAGCAAAAUAUAUAAAUCAUGUUAAAACUAAAACAAUGGGCUACUUGUUUUACGUAUCUGUGAAGCAUUUAAAGAAUUAGUUGGACAACAAGCUUUAGCAAUCAAGUGCCUCAUUUCCACUGCACAGUAUGGUGUUAAAACACUUGGUCAGAGAGAAUCAUCACUAGAAUUGUCACUUUAAUGACACAGGACGUCUCCCAUUGAUCCUGUGUGAUGAUCAGCUGAGUUGAGCCGAGGCCUACCAUGCAGUGGAAAUAAAGAUGCAGUCACUUCUUAAUCAUUCCUGUCAGUUGUGAAUAUCAGUGUGAUUAGUGUUCUACCAUUACAGGGUAACUGCAUUUGAGAAAUGAUUUAUGACAGCAUGUUAUUACAUUCUGAAUCUAAACAUAAUUCUAUUAGGAGGUUGAAGACAUUAUGAAUUAUAAUAUAAUAUAUAUAUAAAUAUUAGAUGGUCAUGUUAUUCUUUUUUUUUUUAAAUGAAAGUGACAUAAUCUGAUUUCUUUUAUGUUUUACAUGACUUUAAGAUGGUGAAUAGUGGUUUUGUUCAUGGAUGUUUUUUUCAGCGUCUUGUGUCAGCUACAAUACAUUCACAGACCAUAAAUGAUAAGACAUUUUAACAUUUUAAUAAUUCAUUCAAAAUCACCUCUAUCUGGGAAAGAUGGACAUUUAUUAUGGCAUUGUGAAGACUUAAGUAUUUUUGCAAGAUUUAACUCUUAUGUAUUUUAUUUUACACUUUCAAUUACUUUUGUAUGUUGAUGUGUUUAUUUUAGUUUUUGUUGUAAAGUGUUUUAUUGUAUUUAACAAUUAAAGCGCU